CAAAAAAAAAAAAAAAAAAGUUCUAACCUAUCCUCUUCUUUCAUCUAUCAACUCUCUCGCCGCCAUUAGUAGAUCCAGUAGCUCAGAGGUGACAUUCUUUCGGCCUGUGUUCUCCUUUUUCUUAGAAUCCUAGGUGGGUUCCUGGUUUGGGAAUUAUCUAUCUGAAUAUUCUCCGUUACAUGUAUGCCGAGAACUCGAGGGGAGUUGGCCGAAAACGCAGGCCCGGCGCGGAGGCGUCCAGUCGGAAGGAAGCCCUGGUGCGGCUGAAAGCUAAUCGGAAAGGAGGACGUCGGAAUGGUGGCGGGUGCGAGAUUAGGUUGGAAAAGCCUAUUUUCGACACAGUUGGUGAUGAGGAGUACCAAGCACUUGUUUCCCGACGGCGUGAGGAAGCUCGUGGGUUUGUGGUCGAGGAUGGCGAUCUGGGAUAUGUCGACGAGGGAGAGGAGGAGGAUUGGUCGAAGCCCAGUGGUGGAGCAGAGUCGACGGAUGGUGAAUCGGACGAUGGUGGCGGGAGACUGCAGAGGAGGAGGAAGACUGAGAAGAAGAAGGUGAAUCUGUCGCUUAAGGCUGCGGCUACUAUUACAGGUGAAGGGAGACUUUCUUCCAUGUUCACAUGUUCGAGUUUUAAGAAGACUGAUAAGGUAAAAUGUGAGAGUAUUCUUGAUGAGGUAUUAGCUGAGGUUAGUCCAGAUGAUAUCGAUAGAGAAAGGCAUCAUAAGCGAAGGAAACAACAACCAGCUACACUGAACAAGAAAAAUCUGGGAAUGGAAAUGCUGGAUUCACCCUCAAUUGUUUCCAUGGAGAAAGAGCAAGCUACCUCGGGAAUGGAAAUGCAGGAUUCACCCUCAAUUGUUUCCAUGGAGAAAGAAUUUCAAGUCAUCCCUCCGCAUGAUUCUAGACAAAGUGAUGCCAAUGAAGUGUUUACAUUGAAUGCCUUAAUUGAUAUGGAAGACAAGGACCCUGCUUUUACCGCCACUGCUGGUUGGAAGGAAGCCAUGGGCAAAGGUGGAACUUAUGAGAAUGUGGUUCCACUUGCUUCUGCUGUGAAUGAAUGCCAAACGGAAUUUGAUUUGGAUGCUCAUGGAUCACUUCUUUUUUACAUUCUUGACGCUUAUGAGGAGCCUUUCGGCGCUAGUAUGGGUACAAUACAUCUGUUUGGGAAGGUUAAAAUGCGAGAUACUUACAAGAGUUGCUGUGCGGUUGUUAAGAAUAUCCAGAGAUGUGUUUAUGCUAUUCCAAAUGAUUCCAUCUUUCCUUCCCAUGAACUAAUGACUCUCGAGCAAGAGGUGAAAGAGUCUCGACUUUCUCCUGAAUCCUUCCGAGGGAAGUUACAUGAAAUGGCUUCAAAACUGAAGAAGGAAAUUUCUCAGCAAUUGUUAAAACUCAAUGUUUCAAAUUAUAGCAUGGCACUUGUCAAGAGGAACUAUGCAUUUGACAGGCCUGAUGUGCCUGCUGGCGAACAAUAUGUUUUGAAGAUAAAUUAUCCAUUUAAGGAUCCUCCACUUCCAGAAGACCUCAAAGGGGAGUCUUUCUGCGCUGUGCUCGGCUCUCAUACCAGUGCUCUGGAGCUUUUUAUCCUCAAAAGGAAGAUCAUGGGACCUUCUUGGCUGAAAAUUUCAAUCUUUUCUGCCACUUCACCAUCUCAGCGAGUGAGCUGGUGCAAGUUUGAGGUUACUGUUGAAUCCCCCAAGGUUAUCACUGUUUCAAUUCCGCAGGAAAAAACGGUUCAUCCUCCUGCCGUCGUUACAGCCAUUAACUUAAAGACUAUCGUCAAUGUAAAGCAGAACAUCAGCGAAAUUGUUUCCGCGUCUCUUCUCUGCUUUCACAACGCCAAGAUCGAUGUUCCAAUGCUGGGUCCAGAAAGAAAGCGAUCUGGUGUUCUGAGUCAUUUCACUGUUGUCAGGAAUCCUGAAGGAACCGGCUACCCAAUCGGUUGGAAAAAAGAAGUGGCUGUCAGAAAUUCAAAGAACGGCUGCAGUGUUUUAAGUUUUGAAAACAGUGAAAGAGCAUUGCUGAACCGAUUGUUUCUGGAGUUGAACAAAUUGGACAGUGAUGUUCUUGUGGGACAUAAUAUAUCAGGUUUUGAUCUGGAUGUCCUUCUCCAAAGAGCCCAGGCUUGCAAAGUUUUGAGUAGCAUGUGGUCCAAAAUUGGCCGUCUCAAACGCUCUUUCAUGCCUAAGCUUAAAGGGAGCACUAAUUUUGGGUCCGGAGCUACACCAGGGCUUAUGUCUUGCAUGGCUGGAAGACUCUUAUGUGAUACAGAUCUAUGUUCUCGUGACUUGUUGAAGCAGGAGGUCAGUUUUUCCUUAACAGACCUUUCAAAGACACAGCUGAACCGGGAGAGGAAAGAGACAUCGCCUAAUGAUAUUCCCAAAAUGUUUCAGUCAUCUAAAACACUUGUGGAACUUAUUGAUUGUGGUGAGACAGAUGCAUGGUUAUCCAUGGAACUCAUGUUUCAUCUAAGUAUUCUUCCUCUCACGCUUCAGCUUACCAACAUAAGUGGCAAUCUCUGGGGGAAAACUCUUCAGGGAGCCAGGGCGCAAAGAAAUGAAUACUACUUACUACAUACAUUCCACUCGAAAAAGUUCAUUCUCCCAGACAAAAUUCCGCAACAUAGGAAGGAAAGAAAGGCAUCAAAAAGAAGAAUAAAUCAUGGUCCAGAAGACCACAGUGUAGAUGAAUUGGAUUUUGACUUGGCUUUGGAAAAUGAUCCGUCUAAGGGCAACAAAACAAAGAAGGGUCCAGCCUACGCUGGUGGAUUGGUCUUGGAGCCAAAGAAAGGCUUAUAUGACAAAUAUGUGUUGCUUCUCGAUUUUAGUAGUCUUUACCCGUCUAUUAUACAGGAAUAUAAUAUCUGUUUCACGACUAUACCACGAGCAGAAGUGGGAGUUCCUCGUUUACCUUCUAGUCAGACACCUGGAAUUCUUCCAAAGUUGAUGGAACAUUUGGUCGGUAUAAGGAAAUGCGUCAGACUAAAGAUGAAGAAGGAAACCGGUCUCAAGUGCCGGGAGCUUGACAUUCGGCAGGAGGCAUUAAAGCUCGCAGCCAAUAGUUUGUAUGGAUAUCUUGGGUUUUCUAAUUCAAGAUUCUACGCCAAGCCUUUAGCAGAGCUCAUAACACUACAGGGAAGGGAGAUCCUGCUAAGAACCGUGGAUCUUGUCCAGAAUCAUUUAAACCUAGAGGUGAUUUAUGGUGACACAGAUUCAAUCAUGAUUCACAGUGGACUAGAUGAUAUCGAAGAGGUCAAAGCCAUUGGAGCAAAAGCCAUCCAAGAGGUCAAUAAGAAGUAUAGAUUUCUGAAGAUUGAAUGUGAUGCCAUAUAUAAGAGAAUGCUUCUUCUUAGAAAAAAGAAGUAUGCCGCCAUCAAGUUGCAGUUCAAGGACGGGAAGAUUUGCGAGGACAUUGAAAGGAAAGGUGUGGACAUGGUUCGUCGAGAUUGGAGCUUACUCUCCAAGGAAAUUGGAGAUUUAUGCUUGGCUAAAAUCUUGUAUGGAGGGUCGUGUGAGGAUGUUGUUGAAGCAAUUCAUAACGAACUUAUGAAGAUAAAUGAGGAAAUGAGAAAUGGGCAAGUUGCAGUUGAGAAGUAUGUCAUCACCAAGGCAUUGACUAAGUCACCAGAAGCAUAUCCAGAUUCCAAAAGCCAACCACACGUUCAGGUCGCACUCAGAAUGAGGCAACGUGGUUAUAAAAAAGGUUUCAGUGCUAAGGAUACCGUACCGUAUAUAAUUUGCUAUGAACAGGGUAAUACUAGCUCAGCAAGCUCAGCAGGGAUUGCCGAACGUGCUAGGCAUCCUGCUGAGGUGAAAUCAGACGACAGCAGAUGGUUGGUUGACAUAGAUUACUACUUGGCACAGCAGAUUCAUCCGGUGGUAUCUCGUUUAUGCGCAGAGAUUAAGGGCACAAGUCCUGAGAGGUUAGCCGAGUGUUUAGGACUUGACCCAUCAAAGUAUCGAAGCAGGUCAAAUGUUACUACGGGCAGUGAUCCUUCUACAUCCCUCUUGUUUGCUACAAGCGAUGAAGAAAGUUUACACAGAUAUAAAAGCUGUGAGCCGUUAACAAUAGCAUGCCCUAGCUGCUCAGCUGCUUUCAACUGUCCAUCGAUUACUAGCUCGGUUUGUGCGUCGAUCAGUAACAAAUCCAAAACAGCGGAAUCUGAUUCUAUAUUCUGGCUUAAACUGCAUUGCCUGAAAUGCGAAGCAGAAGGUAGCACGAGAAGAAUAUCCCCUGCAAUGAUAGCUAACCAGGUGAAAAGGCAGAUUGAUGGGUUUGUGUCAACGUACUACAAAGGCAUAAUGAUGUGUGACGAUGAGUCUUGCAAAUACACGACACGCAGCCCCAACUUUCGUCUGCUCGGUGACCGUGAACGGGGAACAGUUUGCCCAAACUAUCCUAACUGUAAUGGAACCCUCUUAAGAAAGUACACUGAAGCAGACUUGUACUGGCAGCUAUCAUACUUUUGCCACAUCUUAGACACACAAUGCUCUCUAGAAAAGAUGGAUGAUGGUGUCAGAAUUCAAGUAGAGAAAGCAAUGAUGAAGAUAAGACCUGCGGUUGAGUCAGCAGCAUCCGUGGCUCGAAGUAUACGAGACCGGUGUGCCUAUGGAUGGCUGCAACUGACAGACAUAGCCAUUUGAUAAUUGUAAUAACCAUUUCAUGUAGUGAUUUAUAUCUUCUUCUGACAUCCUUAAUUAAGCUACUCGGUUCUGUUCACACCUAAAGCGUAGUAUUAUCGUAGCACUUUGAAAAUUUAUCCACUACAAGACUCGAACAAACAUUUUUGA